GACUCGAUCCUCACCCCGGAACCGCGGCGAGAUCACCUCAGUGUGACGGCAAAGCGUACUGCGGGAGGACGUGCAAGUGUUGCUACUCCACUCUACCGGUUACCUGUACACCUCCCUUACUCUGCUGGGUGAAAAAUAUAGCGCAUAAUAUAUUCCUCACCAUCCAGUCCAAAACACACCGAUUUUCCAAACAAACAAGGCGCAACACACAAGACACAAGAGUAACUGUUAUACGAGCACAGGAAGUCCUUUCUUUCACUAAAUGUUGCCGCGGAUCUUGCUUGUGACCGGAGUAGUGGUGACGGUGGUGGCUGCGCCCCUAGAGGAGACAGGCCGAGAUGCCUCCAAGAUGCCCGCCGAGCAUCGCCAUCCCGCCACACAGACGCCCCACCCGAUUGAGGACAUCGUUGACGCAGUCUUGACAUCGGAGACAGUGAAUGCGAUGGACGAGGCGGCAGCCAAGAUGACCACAGCUUUCGGGGAAAUCAUUGACGACCUGGGAGACUUCAUGGUGGCGAGAGUGAAGGACCUGCCAGAUACCAUCAAGCAGGUGUCCGAUACAGUCAGCAAAGCAGUGAGCGAUGGUGGCGAGCAGGUCGUGAUUGUGGUGAAGGGCGUGAGGAACAGGGUACAGAACCACACAGCCUCAGCUGGCACCACCAUGGUCAAGACUGUGGACAGAGUGGCCACUGCUGCCAACUCCUCCAAGACGGUCGCCAGCCUGCAAGAUCUCCACCAACGCAUGGCUGUGUCAUUCAGCCGCAUCCUAGGCUCGCUCUUCUACAACAUGGAUGAAAUUGACACAGCGGUGGCUGACGGUAUCAGGCGCAUCACAUCAGUGAACCUGGCAUCCGGGGGUUCUGAAAGCAUCCACCAUCCCCCAUCACAGCAGAACGAGGUUGAGACUCUGUCAUAAAUCUGGAACAACAAAGGCUGCACUGCAGCUCUCUAUUUGCAUCAACUGGGUGAAUGCUGCAGCUAUUACUGAGAUUGAAUAAUGUAUUCUCUAAAACCUGAACUAUUUAUCUUACUAAUAUUAACAACAAAGUUAAAAACACUAUGGAUUUUAUAGGCAGUCUCUCUCUUCCACUAUGUUUAAAGGGGUCACAGUCAUAACCAAGGUAUAUUGAAGGUAAUCUCAACAUACUAUAUAAUACAUCAUAAUCAUACUUAAAGGAACUUUCUUUCCUCAGUUACAUGCUGCAGGUAUGCAUUGACCACUUUGAGGAGUCUUUUAUGCAUACUACUCUCUUGGGCAAGCUUAAGUAGAUUAUGUGCAAUUAGCCUCUUUUCUUCAACUUAGUGAUAAGUGAAAGUGCUGAGACUUCAUGGCGGAAAGGGAUCUCAAAAUUUGUCUAGGUCUCUGUUGAUCAUGUUUGCUGUGUACUGUACAUACAAGUGAUCACCAAUAUGUAAGGCACUUUUAUGCAUUGUCAAAAGCCAUAUACACCUCUACAGGGUGGAAGUUGUGCUAUGAUUGUUGGAUGCUUCAUUGGACACACCUUGCUACAAACUAUACAUUAUGAACAUAUUAUUAAUGCCAAAAUGAGCACAACUGUCCAGAAAAGCAUCCACUUUUCAACUAUGUGCAGCUCACUAACAUCCUGCUGAAGUAAAGUUACUAUCUCUACUCCAGGAUUUGACUUGAGGUGAACUGACCAAAAGUCUCUUUCCUGUCAUUGACCAAAUUAUUUCACAAAAUAUAAAAAUCCCAAACUGCACAUUCUCAAGAUACUUGUACGUUUUCUUGUACCAUACAGCUUGACAAUCAAUGGUGCACACACACACACAUCUCACAAUGCCAACUUACCAACCCUUCCAAUGUAAAGUCGCCACAACUAUUUUGGCAACCAGCGCCAGUCUCUAAUUUACAAGUUUAUAUAGACUAAGUUCAGAAAAGUUCAUGUCUUAAGUGUAUUCUAUUUUUUACAACAUUGAAGAAAUGUAUGUCCUUUAGGUAAGUUUAGCAGGGGCAUGCCAGGCCUUAGCAGGCUAAGGCUCAUGAUUAUGCACUGAGUUACUGGACUCAUGAAGUUCUUGUUUCAAGAAAAUUAAUAUAGUAUAAUGAUUAUUUAUUUACACAGUGCAAGGUCCUACUAAGUGUGGGGCUCAGGGCAGGUGUGAAGGAUGCCCUGGGGCUAGCAUGCCCCUGGAUUAUGUGUUGAAUGUCUGAAUAAAUGUGUUGUUAGUAA